UACACAUGGUCCUGAACCACCGGAGUCUGACCAAGCCCGAUGGUCCGCUUUGAAAGUCCAGACUAGUUGAUUAGGAGGUCCAACACAGACAAUUUAAGCCAACUCGGGUUUACUCCCUAAUUGGGAGAGAGCGAGAGAGAGGAAUGGCAGCCAUUACAAGCGCUCUGAUCGCCAUUGCUGGUAUUGGGUUGGCAUGGCUGGCCAUGGAGAUCGCUUGCAAGCCCUGCCUCGAAAAGGGCCGUGAAGCCAUUGAUCGAUCGCUAGACCCCAAUUUCGAUCCCGACGAUCGCGACAUACACACCCCUCUCAACCAACCACAACAGUCCACUGUCGAUGAAGAAGCCCCUUCAAAGCCCGCAGUUUGAUCCGUCCCACCCAAUGCUGCAAUCACCCAAUGCUGCAAUCUCAAUGGCCUGUUUAGCAUCGAUUUACUUUGCUUCUCUCUCUAGCUUAGAUGUGCUGUGGUGUGUCUCAAGCAUUUUGGGUCUGUAGUGUUUUGCCUGCAUUGAUUGUCUUCUCUCUCUAAGGUUUAUCAGGUUUGCUCACACUUAAGAUGAUAAUUUUGCUUUUUAAUCGGUUGACUAUUAUAUAUAUAUAUAUCAGAAAUAUAAAUUUCUUA